GAGGAGACAUCUAUAUCUGGUGAAACAGUAUCAGUCUUAAACAUAUCAUCAGCACAACCAACAGACGGCGGGCGAUACUCUUGCCGCGCUUCCAACCCUCUAGGCUCUGUCUCUCACAGUGCCAGGCUGAAUAUAUACGGUCCACCAGCGGUACGUGCACUGGAGCCUGUGAGAGCUGUUGCUGGUGACAACCUCACGCUGCUUUGUCCCUACUCCGGAUAUCCGAUCAGGUCCAUAGAGUUCUGUACGUUGGAGCCGGCGCGGUGCAGCUACGGCGUUAGAAGGUGCAGGUGGACGCGUCUGGGCAAGAGCUGCGGCCCUGAAGCUUUCACCAGCAAUGGCUCAAGACGCCGGACACUAUACCUGUACUGUCACAGCACCACCUGCACCACCUGCUGCCCGGGAUAUCGAGAUACAAGUCAGAAAUCCUCCAAAGAUAUCGCCGUUCAUGUUCUCUCCGGAACUGACGGAGGGUGCAACAGUGCAGGUACUCUGCGGCGUUUCUUCAGGAGAUAAACCUCUAUACUUCUCGUGGUUUAAAGAUGACCAGCCCCUGCCGUCUAAUUUGCAGAUAGAGGAGAAAAGUUUGAACGAGUUCUCCCUUUUAAUGUUCCCUGAACUACGAGCGGCGCAUAGCGGACGAUACACUUGCCGCGUCGCGAACCGAGCCGCUGCUGCAAAUUACACAGCUAUACUUACUGUUAAGGUUGCUCCAAGUUGGGAAACGGAACCUCUUGACGCUGCGGUUCUGCUGGGUGCACCUCUAAAACUUGAUUGCGUGGCGAGAGGCUUUCCCGCGCCUCUUGUGGCAUGGUAUAAGAAAAUUGAGGGAGCAAGUAGUGGGGACGGUACAGAGCGUUGGGAAGCAACAGCUCCUGGUUGGGAGGGAGGCGAAAGGCGGUCUGAAGAGGCUCAAGCGAGCGAUGCCGUACGAGCCACGUUAUCCGCUAGAACAGCAUUGCGAUCCCACCAGGAUGGCGGGUAA